AUGGCCAAGUACUGUAGUGUUAUUACAAUAAUUCCACCAAGAAACAACCCACCACCAGCCAACAGAGACCCUCCAGCAAGGAACACACGACUUCCAUUACCACCUGCUGCCCCAGUUCAGAAGAACCAGAACCAGAACACUCAAGUUCAGCGUGUUGCUCAACCACGCGGGCCAAGAAACCAAAAUCAACAGAACAACCAGCAGCAGCAAAACCAACAGGGCCAGGCGAACGCUCGUGUUUUUGCUGUGAAAGCUGAGGAAGCUCGUCAGAACCCUCGGGUUGUGACAGGUACAUUUCUCCUGAACGAUCAUUAUGCUUCUGUGCUAUUUGACUCCGGUGCCGAGCGUAGCUUCAUUGCGCUAGAAUUUAAAACUAGAACUAAAAUGAUAACUGGUAAACUUGAAGAUAAAUAUGUAGUAGAGUAUGCUAAUGGCCAGCAGUACGGUACCAACGAGAUUGCUUUAGAUUGUCCUAUGACUUUAGUAGACAAAGACUUUGCUAUCGAUCUAAUCCCGGUCGAGACUAGUAGCUUCGACAUUAUCGUGGGAAUAGAUUGGCUAUCCAAACACCACGCGACUAUUUGUUGCCAUGAGAAAAUAGUUCAUAUACCGCUACCGAACGACGAGACUUUAAUUGUACAAGGCGACAAACCUAUGAAUGAACUCAGAAUCAUCUCAACCAUGAAGUUUCGUAAGUACCUGGACAAGAAAGAUCAUUUAGUGUACUUGGCUCACGUCAUCGAUAAAAGUGCUAAAGAGAAGAACGUUCAAGACAUCCCCAUUAUUCGGGACUUCCCCGAUGUCUUUCCCGACGAUUUGCCAGGUAUUCCACCUGUUAGACAAGUCGAGUUCAAUAUUGAUCUAGUUCCCGGUGCAGCACCUGUCGCUAAAGCACCGCUUCAUUCGUCCUAG